AUAUAUUGAGCGGCAAUAAAAAAAAAAAGGUAUUAAUUUUUUUUAUCAUUUUUUUUGUUUAUCAUCUCUCUCUCUCAAAAUAGGGUAUUAAUUUGUCUUACCUCUUGCUCCUCUACCACGCCGAUCGCCAUUGUCGCCUCUAUUAGUCUUGUCGAUCGUCACCGCCAGUAGCAGCCUUGCCGGUAACCGCCACAUCUUCUUCGCUUGAUGAUUUGAUUGAACCAGGUAGUCAGACUGAGCAAGCUCCUCCAUCAACUGUAUUUUUGUUGGCUCCUGGGGAUAUGCAUGGUUUCAGAUUCUUGACCAUCUCAGUUGCACCUAGUCCGGAAGGCCUCCACCUGCUGCUUCCAUGGCAGUUGGACAAUUCUUUAUUCCAAAAGAUGGGGAAUUAGAGUUGUCUCAUCAGUCGUUGCUUCUCUCAACUUAUUCUCUGAAGGACAUAAUAUUGAAGGAGGACCAUCCUCUUGAUUUCAAUAUGUCAUUUGCUAUUAGCUUAGGUCUUUUUCCUGUUAAACUAUCUCUGGAAACUACAGGAUGUGGAAUAAAAAAAUCUGUACUCCCCGUUGAAGAGGCUGGAGAUCUGGAGAAUGGCAGACUUUGCAAACUGCACUGUUUUCCACCUGUGGCACUUGCUUGGGAUGCUACAUCAGGUCUUCACAUAUUUCCAAAUUUGUAUUCUGAGACAGUUAUGGUGGAUUCUUCACCAGCACUCUGGAGUUCAACUCAGGGGUUCGAGAAGACUACCGUUUUGUUACUGGUAUUGUCAUCUAAUGUUUAAUAAGUUUCCUGUCUUGUAAUAACCAUACAAUAUAGGAUUAAUACAAUUCACAGUUCUAUUUCUCCAACCUUAAAAAUUAAAGGUUUUGAUUUCUGCGUUUUCUAUCAUAUUUUAUUUAUUUA